UCAGCGGUUACUUCAGAAGCCAAUAUGGCGGACAAGAAGGUAUUGAAUUUGUGUAAGUCACUAUUUUCAUCCAGUUCUUCUUCCAUUAAUGCAAAAUUUUUCAGAUAUUUCACGAGAUAUCUCUCGAGUACAGCUACUAAUCUGAACGAAGAGAACAGGAUCUGUUUUGUUACUGAUGGGUGUAGUACCGAAGAGUUGGAGACAGUGCAAGAUUUAGUUGUCGGUAAUUUAGAAGUUUGUGGAAAUUUCAUUUCCGAAGAAGAGCAAACUUUACUGUUGAAGGAGAUCGAACCAUAUUUGAAGAGACAAAAGUAUCAAUAUGAUCACUGGGACAAUGCAAUCCAUGGAUAUAGAGAAACAGAAAAGUCAAGAUGGAGUCAAGAGUGUUUGUCAGUUUUCCAGAGAAUUCGAGAUGUUGCAUUCAGGCCUGGCAUGGAACUCUUGCCCCAUGUUCAUGCAUUAGAUCUAGCUAAAAACGGGUACAUUAAACCCCACAUUGACAGCAUUAAGUUUUGUGGAGCAAUAAUAUCUGGCCUUAGUCUACUGUCACCUUCAGUUAUGAGAUUUAAACAUGACAAGCUUUGCAAUGUCAAAGUUGAUACCCUUCUCCAGCCAAGAUCACUCUAUAUCAUAAGAGAUGCUGUAAGGUAUGAAUUUACCCAUGAAAUAUUGAAAGAAGAAGAAUCUGUUUGGAGAGGAAAGACUGUGCCUAGAGACAGAAGAAUAUCAUUAGUCCUCAGAUGUCAACCCUAGCAUUAAUCAAUCAUCUUUUUUAAAUGGCUAUGUUCUAGAUCCAUUUAUUCAUAAUGCUAAUAUCUAAUUAUUUAAAAAAUAUACUAUACAUAUUUUCACUGCCAUUUUUCUCUGCUGAGAAUAAAAAUUGAAUGAAUAAUUAGGGCAAACAUUUAGAUAAUACAUUAUUUUAAAUCAACAUGUGCAACAUUUCAGAACGGUGAGCCCAUAUUUAGAAGUCUACUGUAGAGUUUCCUCAUUGCAUGAAAACAUUAAAAACAUUCACUGCAAACUGA